UUCCGCCGUGCAGUUUCCUGGAGCCCCAUGGCUCCUGCCAGCGUCCUCGGUGUCUGCAGCCUCCUCUGGAGCUGGGCGGCCGUGACGGGACACCCUUGCAGCAUCGACAGCCAGGGAUGGGCCAACUGCAAUGGGAAGAGGCUUCUGUAUGCUCCAAGUUCCCUUCCAAGAAACAUCACCAGUUUGGACCUCUCCUUCAACUCCUUGGUCAUGCCCAGUCACGGGACACUUUUGAUGCAUUUUCCUUCCCUGCGCUCCCUAAAUCUCUCUAGCAAUGCUUUGCUCACACUGUAUCCAUCAAUGUUCUCCAACCUCGGUGCACUUCAUUUGCUGGAUAUGAGCAACUGCAGCAUCUCCUACCUCCACACAGAAGCUUUCAAGGGCUUAGAAAACUUGCACACACUGCUCCUAAAAAACAACAGUCUCCAAGAGCUAGAGGUCUCUUUCUUCCUGCCGCUUGUGGCUCUUUUUCACCUGGACCUGCAGAACAACGCACUGAUCUCUAUGGACACUUUAAUCCUGCAGCUGAUGGAGACAGUCCCACAGGUCCAGCUUGAAGGGAACCCCUGGGUCUGUGACUGCACCACGCGUCCUUUGCAGCAGUGGCUACAGCGUAGACAAGCUGUGCAGGUCACCUGUGCAUCACCCCCAGAGCUGCAGGGACAGGACAUCACAGCUCUCAAUUUCCAGGACCUGGGCUGCAAGAAAAAGCAGAGGUUUCCUCGGGCUGACAACAUGACGCUGCCGCUGACCACAGUGACCCAGAACAACGCCACCGCACCAGCUGCAGGGAAGGGAGGAAGGAGCUGGCCAUACCUGGUGGGCUUCCUGGUGGCAGCCGUCAGCAUCUCCAUCCUGGUCGCACUGGCUGCCAAGUGCAAGCUCUUCCACAAGAACUUUGCUAGCUACCGCCACCGGCCGCUGCCCGACACCAGCUCGAUUGGAGGCAGCCACAUGGAGGAGAGUACCAGCUGGGACAGGGGCACCUCUGGCCGAGGGGACAGCGAAAGCCACCCUAUGCCUGGUGCAGGCGGCUUGCAUGCUGAGGAUGAUGAUGGCUUCAUUGAGGACAACUACAUUCAGCCGAGUGAGCAGCUGCAAGAGGAAGAAGAGAGGGAGUCACACCUCUCCAUCUGAAACCACAUGCCAGCCACCUCCACCGCAGGGCCUCCAGCCUCUGCCCUGUGCCCUCUCCACCCCAAAAUCUCCAUUUCUUUUCUCCCUUUUCCACCUUCCCUUGGAUGUUGGCCCCAUGGCCUAAGUUGGUAUCAGGAAGAAAGAAGUGGAGAGGAGCAAUGAGAAGGGAUCAGCUGGGAACGGGGAGAGAAGCCGAAGGCACCCAGCCCCACAGCAGCACAGCCAGCGAGGGUUGCCAAGGCCCCACAGCCUCCCACUAUGACUUCAGCAGAGCUGUACCUGCACUGGGAGACACCAGACCCACUGCUCCUCUCCUAGCCUUGCUCAAAUGCUGAAGAUAUAUGAGAUGGUGCUGAUCAUGGCCCAGGCGGCCUGGCGGGGUGGGAGGAUGAGGCUCGAGGUGCCUGCCCGGGCGCUCCCAGCAGGGUCUUGGGCACAGACCCCAACGCCCUGCAGUGCUGGGCGUGGCCCUGCUCUGUGCCCCGUUGUGUUGUCACUCUGGGGUGUGAUUAAAGUGUGAUUUAACUCCCUA